GUAGAAUGAGAGUAAACCUAUAGUCAAACUCUAAAAAAAGCAAAACAGACCAAAAAAGAAGCUAGAAACAAGACGAUCAUGGCAAAUCCAUUAGAACCAUUGUUGUCUCAUCUCGUCGAUGAUUCUGAAGUCAACGAAAAAACCAGCAGAUCAGAAGAAUUGACUUUCGACAAGAUCGUCGAGCAGAGCCUAUCUGAUUUUGGAUUCUGUCAAUUUUUCCAGGUAUCACUCGUUGGGCUUGCUUUGCUCUUCGAUGCUCAGCAGAUAUUCAUCACCGUCUACACAGAUGCAUAUCCCUCGUGGCACUUUCUUAACCACACAAUCUGCGAUCCUUCGGCUUCCGACAUCUGCAAGCUUCCAAGAUCAGCCUGGGAAUGGGACGGUGGUUCCAAGGGCAAAUCCAUCAUUUCAGAAUUCGGCCUCGAGUGCUCGAGUUCACUUCUCAGAGGUAUGCCUAGUUCUUCUUUCUACAUCGGUGCCAUUGUUGGUGGUUUCUUUCUAGCUUUGAUCCCAGACGAUUCCUUGGGUCGUAAGAAACUAGUUUUGCUCUCUACCUUUGCAAUGUCAAUCACUUCGAUCUUUGCUGCCGUCUCAACCAAUGUAUGGAUUUAUGCAUCCCUAAAGUUUAUCAUCGGAUUCGCGCGAUCACAGACCUGGUCGUACGCGCUGGUACUCAUCAGUGAGCGUGUCUCCACCAGAUGGAGACCAAGAGCUACGAUGAUUCCAUUUGCCCUAUUCGUUUUAGGGUUUAUGUCCUUGUCUGGAAUAGCUUACCUUGCACAACAUUCUUCGUGGAGAUAUCUAUAUCUAUACACAUCCGUUCCAGCAAUAUUCUAUUGUAUCUUCCUCUACCUCUUCGCACUCGAAUCGCCUCGGUGGCUUCACAUGCAAGGAAAGGACAAAGAAGCCAUUAAUGUUCUCACAAAGAUGUCACCUAAGAACAGAGCUUAUCUGGAAUCAGUGAUUUCUAAGUUGCCCCUCGAGCAAGAAAACCAUGCACAAGUGCCAACUUACUCGAUUAAAGACUUUUUCUUCCGAAGAUGGGCUUUUCAGAGAAUUUCUGUUGUUAUGAUAAUAAUGUUUGGGUUGGGGAUAUCGUAUUACGGUGUUCCUUUAGCAGCUAGAGACAUAGACGUCAAUAUCUACUUGAGCGAAACCCUAAACGCAUUGGUGGAGUUGCCUACUUUCGUGAUCACUCCAAUCUUGUUAGAGAGAUUCAACAGAAGAAGCUCUGUUCUAAUCAAUACCUUGCUCGGUGGGGCAUCGGGAGUGCUUUGUUUCCUACUCAGCAUUAUCGGACAAACAGAGAUCGCGUUUGCGUUCGAACUCGCAACAUUCUUCUGCGCUAGGAUCGGAUUCAACCUUAUGGUUGUGUUUAUGGUUGAAAUGUUUCCGACUUGUGUGAGAAGUUCAGCAACGAUGAUGUUUAGACAGGCACUUGUUGUUGGAGGAGCUUGUUGUCCGUUAAUUGCGUCCAUUGGAAGAGACAUACACAUACCGUCAGUAUCGUUUGCGGUUUUCGGAACUGAAAUGUCUGGUUUAGGAUUGUUCGUUUUGAUUCUUCCCGAGACAAAAGGUUUGAGUCUCUGUGAUACGAUGGAAGAGCAAGAAAAGAGAGAUCAAGUCGUAAACACUAGCCCUUGUUGCUGAGUUUAAGAGUUUGGUUGGCUUAUACAUUUUCUAAUCCCAUAUGUUCCCAAUCAUGUGAUGUAUGUGUUGAA